AUGUUUUCUUUGAAGACCGCGCAGUCUGCGCAGUCUAUCCUCCGCAACACCGCGGCUUCUGCUUCCUUUGCCAGAUCCUCGAUCCCAGCGCGCUCUUUCGCGACUGUUCAAUCGGACAUUUUCAAGCCCACCAAGUAUGGCGGCAAGUACACUGUCACGCUCAUUCCAGGUGAUGGUAUCGGAGCUGAGGUUGCCGAGUCGGUCAAGACGAUCUUCAAGGCCGAUAAUGUGCCAAUCGAAUGGGAGCAGGUAGAUGUUAGCGGUGUCGAUACGGGAAAUAAGCACUCCGAGGAGUUGUUCAAGGAAUCGAUCGCAUCUCUCCGCCGCAACAAGCUUGGUCUCAAGGGUAUCCUUUUCACCCCUGUUGAGCGCUCCGGCCACCAGUCUUUCAACGUCGCUCUUAGACAGGAGCUUGACAUCUACGCAUCGGUUGUGUUGAUCAAGAACAUUCCCGGAUACCAGACUCGCCACGAGAAUGUCGAUCUUUGCAUCAUCCGUGAGAAUACCGAGGGAGAAUACUCUGGUCUUGAGCAUCAGUCCGUGCAGGGUGUCGUUGAGUCUCUGAAGAUCAUCACCCGUGCCAAGUCCGAGCGCAUCGCCAAGUUCGCCUUCAGCUUCGCUCUUGCAAACAACAGAAAGAAGGUCACUUGCAUCCACAAGGCAAACAUUAUGAAACUUGCCGACGGGCUCUUCCGCAGCACCUUCCACAAGGUUGCUGAGAACUACCCGACUCUGGAGGUCAAUGACAUGAUUGUGGACAAUGCUUCCAUGCAAGCUGUUUCGAGACCCCAGCAGUUCGAUGUUAUGGUUAUGCCCAACCUUUAUGGAGGUAUUCUUUCCAACAUUGGCGCCGCCCUCGUUGGUGGCCCCGGUGUUGUUCCUGGCUGCAACAUGGGCCGUGACGUUGCUGUUUUCGAACCUGGGUGCCGUCAUGUUGGUCUUGACAUCAAGGGCAAGGACCAGGCCAACCCCAGUGCCAUGAUUCUCUCUGGAUCUAUGCUUCUUCGUCACCUGGGUCUCGAUGACCAUGCUAACAGAAUCUCCAAGGCCGUGUAUGACGUUAUCGCUGAAGGACAAACACGGACUCGCGAUAUGGGUGGCGAGGCUACUACCCACGAGUUUACCCGCGCUGUCUUGGACAAGAUGGAGGCUGGUCUCUAA